AGAAAAGUUCGUGGACCAGCGAGCCAUUCUCCAGAAGAAAACGCGCCGCUUACCGCCAUAGCCUCCAUUACCCCACUUCCAAAAGCUCCGCAUCUCUCCCUCUUUCUGUGCCCUCUCAUGGACUCACUGUUAGCCAACUACGCCUCCUCCGACGACGAAGAACAGGAGCAGCCACCGUUGUCUGUUAGCGCGCCUCAGAGAUCCGAGUUACCCAAAUCCUCCUCCUCCGAAACCUCUACUUUCUUAUCGUCUCAUCCCCCGUCCAAAUCUUCCUCGCUAUUCCAAUCCCUUCCCCAGCCCAAACAGUCCUCCAAGCCUUCUCUGCCCACUGGGUUCUUCGAAAAUGAUAAGAACGAAGACGUAGAGGAAGGAGAUUCGCUCUCGGGGUCUAAAUUAGGUACUGCUUCAAUUAAACCUUCAUCUAUCUUCUCUUCCCUUCCACGGCCUAAGGGGAAUCCUACGAGAUCGUCGUCUUCCUCGUCUAAUUCUCGAUUUGACGGUGAUGGUGAUGAGAAUCUCACGGAAUCGGCAUCUAUGUUUUCUUCCCUUCCGCAACCUAAUUUGCAGAAUUUGCAGAAAUCUAAAUCAAAUCCCUCGUCCACGGAAUCCCAGCCAAAAAGGGUCGUUCUAUUUAAGCCACCCGUUAAUUCUUCUUUGCUGAAAUUGGGUGAAGAUGACGAUGAUGAUGACGAUGAAGAAGAAGAGGAAAUAAGGCGCCGAAAGGCAUCCCAAUCCUCGUUCCAAACCCCUACUGUGACGUCGUUCUUGUCAAGCAUUCCAGCGCCGAAGCAUUCGGCAACUUUGGGAGUUAUGUCGAGCUCAGGCUCAGGGCGAAGGUCGAUUCUUGAAACAGAUGUUCCGGUUGCGUCUUCUGAUGGUUCUAAAGUAGUGAAUGAUUCAGGUAGCACUCAAAAAGUUGAUCACGAUGCCGAAAAUUACGACAGUUACGUAAAUUACAGUUCAGGUGUUGAGCAGAAGGUUGCCAGUCAUACGGAGAACUAUGAUAAUGCAGCAGUUUACAACGUUGGUACAGAACAGAAUGCUUGGAAUUAUGCAAGCUAUGAUGGUUAUGGGAGUUACCACUACAGUGUUGAUCAAAAUGUGGUUGGUGAAGCACCGUCUGUCUCUAGUGGAAUUAACGCUGGUGACUAUGGAAGUUAUGAGAAUUAUGGUAACUAUGGUGAUCACAUACAAUAUGGGAGUGACCCUGCUGUUCAGCCCACAAUGAUGGACGCUGAAAAUGUUGUUAGAAUACAUGAAAAGAGAAGAAGAAAUGAAAUUCCGACAGAAAUACUCGAGGUGAAGCAGGAUGAAUUGAUGAAGAAUCGGCCAAGGCAGGACCAGGUCAAGUUAACUGGAAUUGCUUUUGGUCCUUCUUACCAGCCUGCCUCAACGACAAAAGGGAAGCCCUCAAAGUUGCACAAGAGAAAGCACCAAAUUACAUCGUUGUUUUAUGAUAUGAAGCAGAAAGAGACGGAAUUAGCAGAGAGGCGUGCAAGAGGUCUUCUUACAAAGGCUGAAACACAAGCCAAGUAUGGCUGGUGAUUCCUAAAGAUACUCUUCUACUUCGGGAUGUAAUUCAUGUGCUCCACGGAGGUAGCAUGCUAAAAACUAUAAACUUGCAUGGUUUAUAUACAUAUAUGUACGCUUUAUCAGUCUUCAUUAGAACAUUUUGCAACUCUGUUACUUCUAUGUUGAGGAAUGAGCAGUUUCAACGACGCUAUCUUAGUUCUG